UCUUGCCAAGAAGAGAUUACUCAGUCUUACCAAAUGAUCAGACAGGAACAGCCUAAUUUCAAUCCUGACCUCGGAGAACUCAUCCCAGUUCCUUUAUACCCCACAAAACAAGACCUAAUUCCCAAACCAAAUCAAGGCAAACAGAAAUGCUGCAAAAAAUACAGAAGAAAAGUGCUACUCACCACAAGCUUUGGAGAAUCGUUGAUUUGGAUUAAAAACGUAACCUUUGUCAUUGAUGUCGGUGUUGAAAGGAGAAAGGUGUACAAUCCUAGAAUCAGAGCAGACUCUCUUAUAACGCAGCCUAUCAGCAAAAGUCAAGCAGAGAUGCAUAAACAAAUUCUGGGCAUGUCUUCAUCAGGAAAACUCUUCUGCAUGUAUCCCGAGGAAUUUACAUACAAAGAAAUGAAACCACAUCUACCAGCCAAAAUACAGGAGUCAAACCUAACCAGCAUGGUUCUCUUCCUGAAGAGGAUGGAUAUAGCAGGCUUAGGAAACUGUGACUUCAUAAGCAGGCCAGCUCCUGAAAGCCUGAUGCAGGCUUUGGAAGAUCUCGAUUAUCUCGCAGCCCUGGAUAAUGAUGGAAACCUUUCUGAAUUUGGAAUUAUUAUGUCCGAAUUUCCCCUGGACCCACAACUGUCAAAGUCAAUUCUGGCUUCGUGUGAAUUUGAGUGUGUUGAUGAGAUGCUCACCAUUGCAGCCAUGGUAACAGCUCCUAACUGCUUCUUACCCCCACCUCCUGGGACAGAAGAGAUCGCUCUCACUUGCUGGCGAAAAUUCUCACACCCUGCAGGAGAUCACUUCAGUCUUAUCAACGUCUUCAACGCCUUCAAGGAAGCCAGCGCAAACACCACGAGCCAAUACUGCAGUAAUGAGAAAUGGUGUCGCGAUUAUUUUCUAAGCUGUUCUGCACUGAGGAUGGCAGAAAUUAUCAGAGCCGAACUAGUUGAGAUUAUGAAGCGUACUGAACUUCCCAUUUCAAAACCGGACUUUGGAUCAAAAGAAAAUACACUAAGCAUUAAGAAAUCUCUCUUAUCUGGUUACUUUAUGCACAUUGCUCGUGAUGUCGAUGGUUCAGGUAACUACUUAAUGUUAACACACAGACAAGUGGCCCAGCUUCACCCCUCCUCAUCAUAUUCUAACACCAGAAGGAUUCCUGAGUGGGUUUUAUUCCACGAGUUUAGCCUAGCAGAAGACAAUUCCAUCAGAGUCGUCUCUGAGAUAUCACCUGAUCUAUUCGUGGAGCUGGUACCUCAGUAUUACUUUAGCAAUCUUCCUCCCAGUGAAAGCAAGGAUAUUCUGCAGGAAGCGAUCAAUCACUUGUCACCUGUUUCAACCACGCAGGAGGAACAGAAAACUAACACUGACAAGAAGGAAAAUGAAACAUUUCCCCAAACUCCCACUGAACAAAGAUGUAUUAUUCAGUGA